UUUCGAGUGCUGACGGCCAAACGGAAAUUUGAAACUGUCAAAUCUUGUAAAUAAUUGUACGCAUUGUUUUGUUCGAUAGAAAUUAUCAAUACCAAUAUUUAAAAAUAUGAAUGAUCUGGAAGAAGUAGUUGAAUUAUCAGAAAAUGAUGAAGACGAUGACUGUAUUUUAGAGUCGGUGAUAUAUGAAGAUGCAAAAUUAAAUAAAACCGUUAAUGAUAAUCCAUUACUCACUGAAUUUAUAGACACAUGUUUGAAAUUAGAAAAUUCAGUAGAAAUGAUAAGAGUUAUCAAUAAAUCAUUAUUGAAAAUUUAUAGGAAAACAGAUACAAGGUUUACGCAAUCACAGAUAUUUCAAAAAGCUUUGAGAAGAGCAAAUAACCUUCUAAAGACAGAACCGAGUUAUAAGUAUACUCACAUUAAAGAUCUAUGUAAUAUCCUUAAAUCAAAUAACACUAAGAAAAGAGUGCCAAUUAUAACUUUAACUAAUAAUAUCAAAGAAAAUAAACUGCCAUCAUUAUCAUGUAAACGAAAAAAUGAAAAUGCCUGUAAUAGUAAAAGACUGAAAACAGAUAUCAUAGAUUUAGAUUUAACUGAAGAUGUUUCUACAAAUGGAAUUGAUAAAGAGCAGGAAGGAAAUUUGGGCACAAAUGAUAUUUUGGUUGAUAGUGAGGAGCCAAAAGAAAAUAGUGAUGUAAGCAGCCCAAUUAAAAAUACUGAUGAAAAUAAACUUCUCAUACCUCAUAAGGAACUAGAAUACAGCAUAAAUGUACACACUGAUGUCAAUGAAAAAAUAAUUAAAAUUGAAGAAGAGAUUGCUUACUGUAAAAAGGUCAUAGCUCAGUUAGACGAGACAGAAGUAUGUUUUGAUAGCAAGUAUUCACCUUAUCUUAAGUGCGAAAGGUUUAAAGCUCGAAUAGUCUCUUUAUAUAAGGAACUGUGUAAGCUGACCGGGGAAAUACCUGUUAGAAGAUCGAAAGUACACUUAAAAGUGAGAGAUGGCCACCCGGCAGGUGCUGUGUUGAGAUUAGAAAGGUUCCUGAAUAGAAAUGUCGGUAGUGAUGGCAAUCCAAUGUUUCCAAAUUUUCGUGAUGUUGUCAAAUGUGUACUAAAAGCAAAUGAAAAAGAAAAACUUGGAUGGAAUAAGCAGCAAAUCAUGAAAGAAGCCAGUGCACUGUUCACACAAUGUGGUCGUGCGCUGCAGAAGCGGCGCCAGAAACGCGAGUGGCGGGACCUGCUUAGCAAGGUGAAGCUGGAGGAGUGUGACGACCCCGCCGACAACGACCCGGAACUGCUGGCGAGGCUGGAGGCCAACAAGCGCGCUGCGGUUAAGAAGGAAAAGGAGAUACUUGAAAGGUACUCGAAGAUGCAAAAUAUGCCACCUCAAAGAGAUAAAGUGGUGAGUAAUCAAGUAGACGAUGAUGAAUGUUCUCAUAAUUCAGACAGUGCUUUUGACUGCUCGUCCAAUGAAAGUGAAAAUGAAGACUUACCAAAUAAUAGGUUAAAACAAAUAGCAUUUACAACCAAUGAAACACCUCAAGAUGACAAUAAUUUUAAAAAUGUUAUAACAGAUGGAAACACUGAAGCUGUAACAAAUGAUUUGUCUAUGGUAAAGGUGAAAAAGGAACCAGAAUUUAAUGAAAGAAGCCUGAAUGAAAUUUUAGAAGAGCUUGGGGAAAAUCAUACAACUGUAGUAGAGAUUGAAGAUCCAUUUGUUACUAUAGAAAUUUCGGACAGCUCUUCUGAAGAAUCUGAAUAAUAUGUAUAAUAAAUGCCUGAGAUUAUUUUUGUUACAUAUUUUAUAAUUUUAAUACAUAAUUUAUG